AUGGCUGCCAACUCAGAACUGACCUUUCUUAGACUUUUCGGAUAUGAUCAAGGUGUAACAGGUGGCCUGUUAGACUUACCAUCUUUCAUCAAAUACUUCCCCGACAUCAAUCCCAAUGACGGAGCAAUUCGAGGUGACGAGUAUCAGUCACUUAGAUCACAGCGCAGUCUGAACCAAGGAAUUGCAGUCGCCUCGUACAACCUAGGCUGCUUUUUUGGCGCUAUUUUGACCAUCUUCAUCGGCAAUCCUCUCGGCCGACGAAGAACGAUUUUCUGUGGGUGUGUAACCAUGACCAUCGGCGCUUUGUUACAAUGCACUUCAUUUAGCCUCCCACAUUUGAUCGUGGGACGCAUAAUUACAGGCGUCGGCAAUGGCAUGAAUACAAGCACAGUACCAACAUGGCAAUCGGAAUCUUCAAAGGCCCACGACCGUGGAAAGAUGGUCAUGAUCGAGGGAAUGCUCAUCACAGCUGGAAUCACUCUGAGCUACUGGGUCAACUAUGGAAUGUCGUUUAUUGGAGAAAAGGAAGUUGCUUGGCGAUUCCCGAUCGCUUUCCAGAUUGUAUUCGCUGUGAUCAUCUUUUGUUCCAUUUUGCAUCUACCAGAGUCACCACGAUGGCUGGUAAUGGAAGGUCGGCAUGAUGAAGCGCUGGAGAUUCUUGAAUAUCUGAAUGAAAAACCAAGAGACGACCCGACCAUUGUGAAUGAGCUCGAGUCCAUCAAGGAGACCGUGAAGGAGAUGAACAAGGGCUCAUAUCGAAGUUUGUUCAAGAUGAGCGAAUACCGAGAAUUCCAUCGAGUGGCAUUGGCAUACAUCAACCAGAUGUUCCAGCAGAUAUCCGGAAUCAACUUGAUUACCUACUACGCACCUUCACUAUAUGCCGAGAUCGGACUCGGCGACGGGAAUCUUCCAAAAUUGUUAGCCGCUUGCAAUGGUACAGAGUACUUGAUGGCUGCAUUUAUUCCCAUUUUCAUUAUUGAGAAAGUUGGUCGACGCCCAUUAAUGCUUUUUGGAGCCGCUGGAAUGUCUGUAUCUAUGGCGGUGCUUGCAGGAACCAAUUACCGCUUGAAGUAUCUCGGCGACAGUCAAGCUGGUAUUGGACAAGCAGUCUUUCUCUUCGUCUUCAACACAUUCUUCGCGAUCGGCUGGUUAGGAAUGACAUGGCUUUAUCCCGCGGAAAUUGUGCCACUGCGAAUCCGGGCGCCGACGAAUGCACUGGCUACCAGUGCCAACUGGAUCUUCAAUUUUAUGGUUGUGAUGAUCACGCCCGUUGCAUUUGAGAACAUUAAGUAUAAGACCUACAUCAUCUUCGCUGUGAUAAACGCAUUUAUCUUCCCCUUUGUGUAUUUCUUCUUCCCCGAAACGCGAUAUCGAUCCUUGGAGGAAAUGGACGCCAUCUUCAAGAAGUCAACAAACGUCUUCAAUGCCGUCACAAUUUCUAUAAAAGAGCCCUACCGGUACGAUAAGCAUGGUGAGCUCAAGCCUGAAUACUUGGAGGAAGCAAUGCAUCGUGAUAGUCCUGAUGUGCAUGUUGCGGGUGCCAAGUUUGAUAGCGAUGAGAGCGGGGCUGAAGUUAAAGCCUGA